AUGUCCGAAAGGGAUUCCCCCAUUGGCGAGCACGCCAACGAGCCUGUCAACGAUGGCCAGGAGCAAGAGUAUGAUGAUGCUCUUGCCGCCGCCGACUCUGACCGUGACUCGGAUGCGCUUUCCGAAGUAGACGAGGAUCAGUUUGAGGAUUACGACCCCGAAACCGCCAACAUCGAAGAUCGUCCAGUCGAUAUCGACGAAGACGUUGCUCGCACAUUGAAGGCCACCAAACGAAAACGCGCAGAGGGAGAAGCCCCAAAGAAGCCACGGGAAGGCCGCCGAGAUAAGAAGCGUCGAGAUCGAGAUGAUGAUGUUGAGAUGGACGAUGCGGACGAUGGUGGUAAAAAGUCACGGCGAGCAAGACGCGCCGCCGGCGAUGGAGAGCGACGUCCUCGGCCCAAGGCUACUAGCCCAGAACCCGAGCGGGAGGAACAUCUAUCACCGGAGGAAAAGCGAAAGCGUGCUAUUGAUCGAGCUCUUGAUGCAGCGAUCAAGAAGCCAAGCGGUCCCAAGCGCAGGAAGAAGGAUGAGAUUGAUCUGGAGGACGAGAUCGACGAUUUGCUGGCUGAUCUCAAGGUGCAGAUGGAACAGGCAUGCCAGGCUGACAACCAGGCUCGCGAGGCUGGACAGCCCGCUCUUCACAAGCUGAAGCUGCUCCCUGAGGUCACUGCGAUCCUGAACCGAAACAACGUCCAGCAUGCUGUGCUGGAUCCGGAUACGAACUUCUUGCAACAUGUGAAAUUCUUCUUGGAACCUUUGAAUGACGGAUCCCUCCCAGCGUACAACAUCCAGCGUGACAUUUUCAAUGCUCUUGCCAAGAUGAACAUUGAGAAGGAGUCACUUCUCAGCAGUGGUAUCGGAAGGGUGGUUAUCUUUUAUACCCAGAGUAAGAGGCCCGAGCCUAGUAUCAAAAGAGUUGCCCACCGACUUCUCAGAGAUUGGAGUCGACCUAUUCUGAACCGAACCGACGAUUAUAAGAAGCGACAAAUUGAGACUCGUGACUACGAUUAUGACGCUGCCAAGAUGGCACAACGCCAAAAGGCAAACUCGCAAUUCACACUUUCCCAGCGUCCUGCGGCCAAUGCCAAGGAUGCUGAGCGCGAGCGUCUCCUUGCCCCCUCGCGAGGCAACAACUCGGCACGUAUGGUCAACCUGCCUUCGAGCUACACUGUUGCUCCCCAGAGCACCUUCAUGGGAACCUCAAACUCCAACCAUCGCCCUCUUGGUGCUGGUGGUAUGGAAGCCUUCCGCAAGAUGACCCAGAAGAACAAGAAGCGAGCUGCUUAA